AUCUGAAUUUUUGAAGGAAGGGCAGAAAAGAAAAGCCGAUCUCAAAGUUCAACAGUGCAGAGAUGUUUAUGCACUGACACAGGUGAUCUAAGGUGUAUUUUGGAUCUGAGAAAAGGCUGAUCUGUUAUGCAUACACAGCCAGAGAGUUGUAUUGUUCUUUGCCCAACCCUAGGAAUGUUCAUUUUGAAUCUACAAACAUGAAGAAUGUCCUUCACUGGUUAGCACCAGAAGGUACAGGAGAUGGAGUACUCUACAAUGUGAAAUAUUCAGUAUAUGGGGUUGGCAAGUGGAUUAGGAAGCCAGAAUGCAGGAAUAUCAGUACAACAUGGUGUGACCUCUCCAGUGAGACUGCUGACCAUGAAGAGCAAUACUAUGCGAGUGUGAAAGCCUUCCUAAAAGGGAAGUGCUCUAACUGGAUAGAGACAACACGAUUUAACCCUCUUACAGACACUAAAAUUGGCCCACCUAUGGUAAAUGUGUCUUCUACCGAGAAAUCUAUUUCAAUCACACUGACUGUUCCUGAGAAGUGGAGAAGUCCUGAUGGAGAAUCUAUAUCUCUGCUUCAAGUAUAUCCUGGCCUGCAAUACAACGUGUCUGUCCUCAAGAAAAAGACAAAGAAACGAUGGUUGUUCUCCAUCAGCAACAGCACCUUGGUUGUGCCCUGGUUAGAACCUGGAACAGCUUACUGUGUCAGUGCGCAGAUCCAUGUCACUACACCUCUUCUACACAGUGGGUUUUCCAAAGAACACUGCAUUUCUACUUUGAAAGAUAAAACAACAGAUGAGACUAUAACAGUUGUAUUUGGAUACAUUCUGCCUAUCGUGCUAGCUGUCCUUUUCACUUCAGUGGCAUGCUGCUGUGUGCACAGGUACAUUCAUGUCAGCAAACAGAAGCAUCCAACAAGCCUGGUAUGGCACUAUACUGAUAAAUGCAAGGAAAAGGUUUUUAUACCCUGUGAAAAAAUAGUGGUCAACCUUAUCACAGUUAAUGUGGAUGAGCACAGACCGUCUCAGGAAUCCAUUCAUCCAUCAGAAAUGAAAAGCCCCCGUUAUUAUACUGUUUACAGUGGCACUGAAGGGAGAGAUUUGUCUCCAAAAGAAGUGCUGGAAAUAAAAUACUUGCUGGAUAUUUCUCAUGAAGAGAUUUCACAAGAAGAGGACAUUUUAGCUGAGGGGGACAAAACUGGAACAAAGAAUGACCAGCCUGGAACAAAGAAUACUUUGAGACAAAAAAAUGGAGGGACUGUAGAGUAUAAACUCAGCGUAAGGGCUGAAGACUUCGGUCCUGGCCAAAACCUAGAAGAACUCAGUCUGAAAGAGAAGACUUCUGCACCUGGGGAACUAGGUGAGCCACAGACUGCUUUGGGAAACUUAGUUAAUUUUAAUACAGGAAAGGCAUAUUGCCCCCAGCUGGAGGUGAGGGCAGCAGACCCUUCUUUGGGACAGGAAUUAGAGGAACUUAAACUGAAGAUGGCUGAUGCAGUGGAUGAAUUGCUAGGUAAGACCUGCAUCAACUUGGUGGACUCAGAUGAUGAAAAAUCUGGGCAGACAUCUUAUCAUUGGCUGGGAAAAAUAGCACAUGGUGUCACAGAGAAUGAGAGUGAACAGACCAUACUGGUAGACUGGGACCCACACACUGGCAGAUUGUAUAUUCCUACUUGGUUCACUGUUGAAAAUGAGGUGUGUAAAGGAGUAUUUAAGUGUGAUGUUCCUAACAAAGAGGGAAUUUUGUCCAGACUGUAUGAAAAACAGGUAUCUGAAGAACCGUCUGAGGACCAAGAAAUGUAUCUGCUGCAAUUUCAGGAACAAUGGGGACUGCAUGUAGAAAUGGAAGACUGAACAAAGAUUUUCUAGAAUACUGUAAACCACAAAACCCUGUUUACUUUGCCAGAGAGAAUGGUGGACUCAGCAGAGAAAACAUAUCUUAAUGUAUUGAAAGUUUUUAGAACCGUCACAGUUGAACAACUUAUUCAUGAUAUUUAUAACAACUUCCAGGCAUGAUAUUGGUGAUUUCAAAUCCCAUUAUAUACCUCUCUGGUAAAAUAUAAUGGUUGUGAGAUUACCUUCUUUUUAAAAAAUAAAAAUCUCUGUAAAAAGGGUGCAUAUUGUAAUUGCUACUAAAGCAAAAUAUUUUGGUUUGAAAGCUGUUAUUUUUAGCAAUAAAAAGCAACAGUAUGAUAUUUUGCUGGGAUGUGCCAAGUACCUUGACACAACAUAGCCUUUUUUAUGUCUCAUUCCUGCUAGUUUUAAUGGGUGCAGUUGAUUUUUUGUGGAAGUAAAGGGCACCUCCAAUAUAUGGUUUCUUUGUUUUAUCUACAUUCUAUUUAGUGAGGACAUUCUAAUCUUUUUUUUUCAUGAAAGACUCAACUGGAAUGCACAGUCACUUCCCUACUGCUGCUCAGAUACACAUCCAACAAAAUUUCUUCUAGCAGGUACAGAUACAGGUUCAGAAAACGUGGUGGAGAAGGUGGCAAGCACUAGUCAUAUUUUACUCUGAGGGAAAAUGUGGUGUGGGGGAAUUUAGUAAUACACCUGCAGUCUUACUGGAUGGCCUGUGCCUCACCCAGCCUUAGCCACUAGCAGUAUAGAAGCUGUUUCAUGAUGAAAUGACUCACGUCCUGCAAGUGACUGUUCCUCCCUAGUGACUCUAAUGGCAGGCUAGCAUGACUAGCUCAAAUGGAGAAGUCUGCUCUAGGCUCACCAGUGCUUUUCCAGGUACAUCCCACUUAACACAGCAGACCCAGAAAGCGUCCUGGUGAGCUUUCUUUUCCUAUCUGAUGUCCAAAACAGGACUUUCAAUACAAGUUCACUUUUUAUCCACAUUCUGUAAUAUUUACUUAGGAUAGUAAAAUUACCAGACAUUCUAGAAAUUACCUACUGAGGCAGGUGACACUUCCUUUCAAAGCCUGUUGGACCCUCUUUUUCUUAACAGACUUUUUUUCUUUAGAACACCAGAGUAAAUCACAAUAAUGAUAUAUUUAGUUUUCAAGGAGAAACAACAAAAGAGAAAACUUUUCUGUUGUGUUUAAUACUCGUAACCUCCAAUACAUGGUGUAAUUUUGAAGGAAGAAAUUUAGCAAUAUCUUUUUUUAUUCCAGUAAUUUAUUUGCUGCAGGACUUUGGCUUUUUCUUUGAGUAUUCAUCCUCCAGAAUAUGUUAGUUGCAGUCAUAGAUUUUAAAACAAGAAAUGACAGUCAAACAUUUCACACUGAUGACUACUGAUGUAAAAAAAAAAAAAAAAAAAAAAAAAAAAAAACACCUCUCAACUGUCUUUAUAAUAAGGAUAUAUUUUGCAGCAAUGUUACAUCUAAAUGCUUAUAUCAUGUAUUUAUCUUCUGAGAGAUUCACAGAGGAAGGUCACAGCUCAGGGUGGAGUAAGAAAAUAGUUGGAGAGUGUCAUCUGAGAAGCUGGGAAAAGGACAGAAUUUCUACUGUUACACACCAGCUUCAUUAAGCCAUCCAAAAUAGUCCCACUAUUUCCUAAAGAUUUCUUAACUAACCUCUGGGAUCACAGUCUUCCAGUUGACUUCUGUGAUAUGGGCACUUGUUUUUUUCCUCCCAAUGAAUAACUUCCUUUUCUUUUCCUAUAGCCCACUGAAUUUUAUUCACUUAUUCCUGUCCUAAGAUCAAUUAAUUGUUCAUCUUGUAUGUCUUUCAUACAGAAGAGUGAAGAUGCUCCAACUCCCCUACUAGUUUGUUUCUGCUGCCAACCAACAUUCCUUGAAAAGGAAGGCAUCUUUAUUUUUGGUUUGCAUUUUCUCUGGUUUUAUUUGCCAGCUGUUGAUGUGUGCAACAAACUUUGCCCCAGUAGUUGUGCAAAGACACAUACCACGAUCAUGUCGCUGCUGAUUAAAUUUGAGAACUUGAUAAAUAAAUCAUACAACUUCA